UGUCCUCGUCGUUCAGGCUUUCGUAAGAACACCAAGUAGAAGAACGUUCAAGUAGACCUCAUUGUUGUUGCUUGAUCAUGCAUGGCCAGUGAUUUUCAGCUUUUCUUGUCCUAGUUUCACACGUACUCAUUUUGCACUCGUUCCGCCCCCCUACAACUCGAAAAAGAAAUUUUAGAAGCCCCCUUCGUCACAAGAAGCUGUUAGCAAGAUCAAGCACACAUUCGUACAAUACAUCCUUACCUAGUAUUUAUUUCGCAAUUUCAAGUAAACGUCUAUUAUCAUGCCUGUGAACCGAAGAAAGGUAUCCUCUUAUCUUCACGAUGUAAAGAGAAUGACAUACUUCCGAGCUUCAGUUUCAUUGUCAGCCAUUGCGCUCGGGAUCGCAAUCUCGGACUUCGUUACCGCCUUCGACCUGCAUCGGGCACCACGUCCGAGCUUGGACGCAAGUCCAUCGUCUGAGUCUUCGUCGUUCCAAGAAAAUAACAAAAAUCAGCUCGCAGAGAAAACAAAAAAUGUGAAUACUGACAACAACGACUACGGAGCAGAUGGUGAAUUGCCACCGAUGGAGGAAAGUACCCCCACCACACCUCCAGCGACCAUGCCAUCCCCGCCGUCCGUACAGGCCAACGCUACAGCGGGCUCGUCGACGACACAGAAUCCGGCUUCACUAGCGGGGUGGCAAAAUCGUGCUGAGCCUACUGUUGGCAUCCCAAGUUCACCAGAAAAAUCGUCAUCAUUCCAGGAAAACAGUAAGAACCUUGCGCCCGCCGGCCCCGCAGGGAACAGUGCAAACGCAGAUAAUGACAACAACAAUUAUGGUGCGGACGGGGAAUUGCCACCGGUCGUGGACGACAGCAACACUCCACAAACCAUGCCAGCGCCACCGGCAUCGGCCAACGCAACGGCUGCCCCGACCACAACGCAAAACCCAGCCGCGUUAGCGGAGGCGCAAGGGCGGGGAGCAGCCUCUUCGGAAGCGCAGCAGCAGCAGCAGCAGGAGGCCCAGCAAGAGAAUAAAGAGCCUGGUGGUACUGCUACCAGCUUUUUGGAGGAGGAGCACAAGAUGUCCACCACUACUCCGUCUCCGCACAUAGCGUCAUCACCGGCAGGAGAACAACAUGAAGAGACGGGUAGCAGCACGACGACCCAACAAGCCCCUACGCAUGAAUCCACUGGCUCAACAGCGGAGAUGGACAAGCCCACGGCCAGCACAGAGGGCCAAUUAUACGGUUCCACGGGCGCGCUCGAAGAGCAGCCAGGUGGGCCUCCGCCGAUUGGCACAGGUAGUUUUCCACGACCUCAAGCGAAUCGCGGCGCACCUCCUGCCUCCCCUCCGGAACUGAUGAUGACGGCCUCGCACGCCCCUAUGGCCUCGCCCGCCGUCGUCAAGGGGGAGCAGCUGUCCGGAGAGCAGUUGAAAAACGGCGAGGCUUCUCCCGAUCGAGGCUGCCUUGGGUUGGGGGACUGCUACCCGACUGAAAAAGAAGGAAGCCACACAAAACCCGCAAUCGCGCUGCCGCCGCAAUCGGCGGCCGAAAAAGCCGCGCUCGCGGCCCACGUAGCCGCGGACAAAGCCGCGGUAGCUGACAACUUGCCGCCCGCACCGCCGCCACUCGUGGAGCAGCCGUCGGGCAGCUUCGCGGAGAAGGUUGGUGAUCAGCCGACCGUCGUGACCACGGCCGGCCCGAUGCCGGCCGGACUGGCGCUGGCGAGGCCGGUCCCGUCUCCCUCGCGUUUGGAGGACUGCGUGGACUGCAUAUACGGGCGCAACAAGAAAAAGGCUGCUACCACCCAGGUCGUUGCACCUCCGCCGGCGCCCACAAACAUCGCGGACAUGCCUCCCGCUCAGGCCGCCGCAACGGCGGCGCAGGCCGAAGCAGCAGCGGAGGCGGCCGACCAAGAACCGCCACCGCUGGAAAGCGCGGCGAUUCCGCAGGCGGUUCCAUCCGAAGCCUCUCCGCCCCCGCCCCCUCCUGAGGAACAAGACUAUGGCGCAAACAGCGAGCUGCGAAACGCGCAGCAGCAGGGAGCUGCUGGCGCUGGAGCCCCUCCGCCGCCCCCCGCGUCCUCGUUGUUGCAGGAGAAAGCGGGCGGGUGCUUGGACUGCUAUGACCAGACCACGACCACUUCUACGGCGCCAUUUGCGGCCCCUUACGCCCCGGGGUCGCGGUUGAUCGAACCCGAGGUCCCGAUGUCUGCGGAACAGCAGCGGCAGACGGCCGAGAACGUGCUGGACGGCGCGAUGGAGGUCUUGAUCGGGAAUUCGGACACGAAACAGGCCAAGGAAACCGCAGCAACUGUGUUGUCCAAUCUUAGCGAGGAGGCGCGCCACGAGGUCAUGCUUGUAGCGGAACAAAAGGCGACUGAACAUGUUGGCGGUGGCGGUAGUGGCCUGGGAACGAAGGGUUCGAACGGCGAAUUGAUCCAGCAGGCAAGUAGCGCCCGCGUGACCGGGACAGUUCCCUUGGGAAGCGCGCCUGAACAGCUCUCUUUGCACAAGUCCAGUUUUGCACAAGGAACAAAGCACGAAAACAACAACUCGACAAGCAGCGACAGCAGUGCAGAGCACACGAAAUCCUCCUCAGAGGCUUCAAUGUCACUAGAGGAAGAGACCACGACAACAACACCUGUUCCGACGCCGGAAACGAGCAGCGGUGGUGCGACCAAAGGAGUCGGAAGCGGUAGUUCUACUUCGGAGUCUCGGGAAAAGGAUGACGCGACCAGCGCCACGUCGUUCAACCAAGGGAAAGAUGCCGGUAAGCCUGAGAGCAACACCCCUGCCGGACCAGGGGACGAGGGCAAGAAGGAAAAUGGCUGGAGUGCCGAAACAGGUUCCAGCACGGCAGCGCCAGCAGUAGAAACACAACCGCAAAGUGGUCCAUCCUCAUCGGCCACGCCACCGGAAAGCGGAGGUAGCAUCGAUCAAAACGCCGGACGGCCGCAGGCUGCGCAGGAGGAAGGAAGUGAACCGUCUGCAGCGUUCACCGAACAGGAGCGAGGCAAGACCAUUCCUGAAAACAACGAAAAGCUGCAAGCCGAAGCACCGGCACCCAGCCCCUCGUCAAGUUCGGCGAGCACCACCGCGCCAUCUUUUCUGGAAGCGGCUGCACCGUCGGAAAGUUCAUCCGUGGAGGGAAGCAAGAGCACCGCGACUCCUCCCGUGAUCGUGCCGUCUCCGACGAUGUCUUCAGAAAACUCCAAUGCAACCAAUGCAACUACAUCUUCGACAAAAGGGACCACGACGCCGCCUUCCUUCCUCCAAGAGGCACCUGGAACCACAACAGAAAGUUCGGUCACAACGCCGGCAGGUACAACAACCGCACCUUCGGUCCUGCAAGACGCGCCAGUCAGCACUACGGCAACACCUUCUACUGCUAUUACAACCUCCCCGCCGGCUACCUCGCCUUCCUUCCUGCAAGAAGACCCAGAGGCGGUUGCGACCACUACUGCAAGCCCCCCAGCAGGAUUUUCGAACUCAGAGGGCGCUGCUGCAUCGGGUGUUCCCGUCAGCACUGUCACCCCUACCGUCACGGAGUCCCCUUCGUUGCAGGAAAAGCCCGAAAUGCUUACGGAAAGCGGUACUACGACUCCAUCCGUUUCCACGUCGCCUUCCCCCUCCUUUCUGCAAGACUCGACGGCAGAAGAAAGCGGAAGUGCGAGUUCCACUACGCGAGCAAGUGGUGCUGGUUCUGGAAACGACAAGUCCUUAUUGCAGGACGGAUCAUCUUCAUCUGCGUCGACCCCCGCUCCCACCACCGAAACGUUCAGUUCCACGCCGGCAGCCACGGAUGGGAAUGCGAAGCCGGAACCAGCAGGACCCGCCAGUGCCAAAACACCGGCCGCAGAAGUGUCCUACUUGGAGUUAGACCAGUCCAGACAGGCACACGGCCACCACGCGAGGAAGCAGCAGCACCUGCAUCUGGACGCAAAAGGUGACUUGGUGGAGGAGGAAUCGGACUCGGAGGAACAUCCUGACACGGUGAAAGAGCGGCACGAGUACCAGAAGAAGACCAUGUUUAUGGCACCGCGGGACGGCAAGAAAGGGGUGGCCACGCGGUUUUUCGAGCACGCCGGAGCUCAUCUGUACGACCGAUUUUUUGGCGAGGGCAAGGAAACACUGAGCAGCUUCGUCCAGAAGGUUGUGAAAGCGACCCACUUGGACACAGGCGAGAGAAAGAAAAAGAAGAAGGAAAAGAACGCAGCGGCCACUUCUUCGAAAGCAGACGCGUCAACAAAUCUGGAAAGCGCGGCUAGUGCGGCAAAAAACAGCACGACUGCGAUUGACGAGCCUUCUGCUUCUUCCUCAUCCGCCGUCGAAGUGUUGAAGACGGGAAAGCGACAGGCGCGCCGGAAAUCGGACGAAGCCACGCACGCGGUGCCCACCACGACACAAAACACGCAAGUUGUGGACGGGGAAUUCGCCCGCGUGGACGGCAUCGUGUCGCAGAUCUGCGAGCUGGAGGCCCACGAGGGGGCCCACGACUGUUUGCCCGUUCGCGACGUGGUAUUCAAGAAAAAAACACCAUCACAAUCACUUUUGCACAAUUUUGCAAUACAAAAUUUUUUGUCAUGCGCAAAAAUGCAUCACAGUCAAGAGCUAUGGGCGAUUUCCCUUUGUGUUUUUGCAAUACAAGAAAAAUUUGUCAUGCGAGACAAAUUUCUGAUGCAAAACCUCCCAAAUGUGAUUGUGAUGGUGUUUUUUUCUUGGAUACGUGGUGCAAAAUUUUGACUACGCGCACGGAUCGGUGCGCCGGACCAUCCCCGCCGCAGUGUCGCCGACGCAGGACCUGAUCCCGUGCUGCAGACUCGAGGGCGAGCAGUGCUUGUCGAAUUCCGACUUGCUGAAAACGACAGUGGCGAAAUUCAGCGUGUAUUUAUUGAUAAAGUCUUUUUUUGAAUAAAGGAAAUUAAUAGCAACAUCCUGCGGGCUCUAGGUGCUAAUUGUUUGACUUUCUGUCCCAAUAGGUUUGUUUUAGGAUUUCAUAAAUGCUGUGUUUCGGACGGUAGUACUCAUGGAAUGUUUAUCUUGCUAAAAAAGGUUAAGCGAGAAAGGAACGAAGUACUGUUGAAAUCAUAAACCAUCAUUGUCCACUCAAAACUGCUCAGUGUCCCGCAACUGUGCGCACGGUUGGCGAAAUUUCGGAGCACUAUCGCCUCGGUGCCAGCGAUGAGCACGGAGUACCGGCGGCUGAUGGACGAGGCCCGGGGGUUGAGCGUUCCGGGCGGCCAGGCGGUGGCGGACGCGGCCCCGGGCACGGGGCCGGUUGCGCCGCCGGCCUCGGGCAACCUCGCCGGGUGUCCGAUGUGGGUGUGCAUUGCCUUACCGCUGGGGGUGCUGGGGCUGCUGUCCAUCGUGCUGUGCGUUGCGGUGAUUCAGAAGAAGGGGAAGCGUGACCAGUGGGAGCAAGACGAGCAGGACUUUCACGACCAGGCGAAGGAGGUCCACGAAGGGUGGGGCGGAUACGAGGACCAGGGGGGGAUCAUGCCCGACUGGAAAGCAGGAGGAAGGGGCGGGAAGGACAAAGACGCUUUUGGGCAAAUGGAGCGGGAGGGAGGCGCCUAUGGUAACGUGGCAGCGCAGUUCGCGCAGCACAUUCGAGAUUCACCCUCCCGGAUGAAGGGAGGAGGAGUAUGAUUUUUAGGAAGUUGCUGUUGAGAUGAAAGUGGUCGUUUUUUUCGUAGGUUUUUUUUUUUUUGAUUUAUGAUGGGUAACAUAUCCUACCAAGACCUAACUUUAGCGUUCUACAACAUUUGAGAAGAAGAUAGAACAACUUCCAUGACAUGAAGUACAAGGCCACAUUACAGUAGUACAUUAUUCGAGAGUUUUUUUCAAAAACAUUUUUCAUCGGCUCAGUGUCAGUACAACACUCGUAUCAGUCACCUAAUCCCCGUUUUCACACACAACACGACACUCAUUGUUUCAAGUUCGUUUUGAUGCACGGCCUUUUGCGCCGUUUAACUUCUCCUUUUCAGCCUGAGCAUAAUAAUAAAUUACGUGUCAAGAAACGAAGGCCAAUGAAGAAAAAGAACAGGAUAAUGUGAGUAAAUUUUGGGUGAACCCGCACUAAGACAUUCGAAAUUGAAAUUGUAGAUGCACUACGUUCUGCUUCUUCAU